AUGGUAAAUGAAGGCAUAGUACUUGGGCAUAAGGUGUCUAAGAAUGGUAUUGAGGUUGAUAGGGCUAAGAUUACUACUAUCGAGAAUUUGCCGCCUCCAGUUUCAGUUAAGGGAGUGAGAAGUUUCCUUAGUCAUGCGAGGUUUUACAGAAGAUUUAUAAAGGACUUCUCCAGGAUUUCUAAGCCACUCUCGGCAUUGUUGAUGAAUGGGGUGCCAUUUGAGUUUGAUGAGAAGUGUCUUGAAGCUUUCAGGAUACUGAAGCAGAAAUUGGUGUCGGCACCUAUAGUAAUUUCACCGGAUUGGGACCAGCCAUUUGAGUUAAUGUGCGACGCAAGUGAUUUUGCAGUGGGUGUGGUUCUGGGGCAGCGUGUUGACAAAGUAUUUCAGACUAUUUAUUAUGCCAGCAGAACACUAAAUGGCGCUCAGUUGAAUUAUGCCACCACUGAGAAAGAGCUUCUUGCCAUUGUAUAUGCAUUCGAUAAAUUCAGGCCGUAUUUGAUGGGGAACAAAGUUAUUGUGUAUACUGAUCACUCAGCAAUCAGGCAUCUUAUUGCUAAGAAAUAUGCUAAACCCAGACUUAUUCGUUGGUUACUUCUUUUACAAGAGUUUGAUAUGGAGGUUCGGGAUAAGAAGGGUACAGAGAAUUUGGUGGCGGAUCACUUAUCAAGACUUGAGUUGGGGGAUAAGUCAGAACUUGCUGCAGGAGAGAUUAAUGAGAGUUUCCCAGAUGAACAAUUAUUUGCAGUGGAGGAUGAGUGGGUGCCAUGGUUUGCGGAUUAUGUGAAUUAUUUGGCAGCCAACGUAGUGCCAUCAGAAUUUGUAGGGCAGAGAUUGAAAAAGUUUCAUCAUGAUGUGAAGAACUACUACUGGGAUGAUCCUUUCUUAUUUAAACAAUGUCCGGAUUUGAUUAUCAGAAGAUGUGUGCCUGAAAGAGAAAUGAAGGACAUCUUGUUUCAUUGCCAUGCAUCGCCUACUAGUGGACAUUUUGGGGGAGCAAGGACUGCUGCAAAGUGGGUUGAAGCAGUUGCUACUUCAACUAAUGAUGCUCAGGUGGUAGUCAAGUUUCUGAAAAAGAAUAUUUUCUCUCGUUUUGGCACACCUCGAGCGAUUAUAAGUGAUGAAGGGACUUAUUUUGCCAAUAAGACUUUUGAUUCCAUAAUGGAGAAGUACGGAAUUAAACAUAAGAAGGCAUUGGGAUAUCAUCCGCAGUCAAAUGGGCAAGCGGAAGUGUCAAAUCAUGAGAUUAAGCUGAUUUUAGAAAAGACGGUGCAAGUUAAUAGAAAGGAUUGGUCGAAUAAGCUUGAUGAUGCGUUGUGGGCUUAUCGGACGGCUUUUAAAACGCCAAUUGGUACUUCUCCCUACCGUCUUUGGGCGUUAAAGAAGUUGAAUUUCAAUCCGGCCGCUUCAAAAGCAUUAAGGUUAGCUCAACUGAAUGAGCUAGAUGAAUUGUGUCAUGAUUCCUACGAGAAUGCAAGAAUCUACAAAGAGAAGACAAAGAAAUGGCAUGACAAUAAUAUUGUCAAUCGGACUUUUCAAGUGGGCGAUAAGGUGCUGUUAUUCAAUUCCCGUCUCAAGUUAUUUCCAGGAAAAUUAAAGUCUCGAUGGUUGGGGCCAUUCAAUGUUACAAAAGUGUUUCCAUACGGGGCUUUGGAGAUUCAACAAGGUGAUUCUUCGCCGUUUAAAGUUAAUGGACAGCGGGUGAAGCAUUACUAUGGAGGCGAAAUUGAAAAGAAGGUCAAUAUUACACUGGUGGAUUCUUGA